AUGCUCAAACAGGUCAAGGGCCGCGGCUGCUGGACGCGCCGCCUGCUCAAGCUCGCCACUAGCGUAGUGUUCAACCAGCCGCCCCCCUCCAGCCCGUGCAGCGGCUACAUGCGCAACGCGAGCGCCGUGUCAGUCUCUCUCAUCAGCGCGUCGUCGUGCGGGCUGGCGACGGAGACACAGCUGGACGCGGCGGCGUACGCGCUGGUGACCGCCGCCGCCAAGGACGGGUGCAGCUUUGCGAGCGCAGUCACCUCGGUGUCACUGUCGGGAAUCGCUGACAAGGCGAACAUCAUAUCGAUAUACAAGCAGGCCAUCCCCAAGGCCCGCCAGGCUGGCACCAGCGGCCAGCUGGCCAACGCCUUCACCAGCGCUAUGGCGGAGGUCGUCGGUGUGCAGGGAGACGCGUCAGGCCUGCUUGAUGACAUCGUCACAGCCAUAUCAAAGACCAUCCAGACGAGCGGCUGCAAGGCAGCUGCCGAGUUUGCAACGGGCGUCUACAAGCGGCUUGCGGUGCAGGACCCUUUGAGCGCGGACGACGUCAAAAAGAAGUUCUCAGGGAGUUCAGAAAUCGCCAAGUGCAAGUUUAACUGGGACGCUUGA